UUAUAAUAAUAUAAAGUAUCUGGCGACGAAAAUAUUUCAAAAUAGUACGUAACAACACGGGUCUUCACUAAACUGUAUUGAAUAUUGUUCUCUAUCGUUAUUAAGCCGAAUAUCUACCGGUUAUUCGUUAGAAAAAUACCCAAAUGUUUUUUCCAGUAAGAAAAAGCUUUGCAAUCCAACUAAGGUCAGUGUAUAGUAUAGCUACAAAAUCUAAUGGCUUGCUUCAUUCAAAAAUUAUGAAAUUUCCAAUUUCUAAACGUUAUGCAGCUUCAGAUUACAUUGGUGUGGAAACCAAAAGUAGGAUAUCUGAUUUUAUCAACAGAUUUCAAAUAAUGAACCCAUUAAAUAAAUCUAGGUUUGAAGCUAAUAGUUGGAUUUUAUAUGAAAAGGUAGUUGAUCAAAUUCCUUUUGAGGAAAUUAUAAAAAAACUUAACUUACCUGAUACAUUGAAUUCAUGGUUUGUAAUAACUGAACUUCACUUGUGGAUGAUAUUUGUUCGUUUAAUGCAUGAAAAGACAAAAGGUUCAAUGAUUAGAAAUUUUAUUAUGGAAGCAUUGUGGAAUGAUGUAGAAUUUCGCUCUAAAAAAUUGGGACAUAUAAGUUCAGAUAUUCGACAUAAACAAAUAACAGAAUUAAGUGAUCAGUUACGAGGAGCUUUAGUUGGCUAUGAUGAAGGAUGGCUCACCAAUGACAUGGUUUUAGCAAGCAUGGUAUGGCGUAGAAUAUUCAAUCAACAAUGUGAUGAUCCUGAAAAAAUUGAAUCAGUAGUGAGAUAUAUUAGGAAACAGAUGUCUAUUCUUCAAUUGCAAACAUUUGAUAGUUUAUUUACAGAAAAAGAUGUGAAAUGGAUAAAAUUUAUAUAGAAAACAACAAAUAAAUAAAAAAAAAAAAAAAA